AAACACGGCCGUCAGAUGUGCUAUCAAAAAGGCAAUUGUAAAAGCUUGGAGAGGAAAAUGAUGAAGUUAAUAGUGGCUGUGUUGCUUGUCGCAGCAGCAAACGCUUGUCGUGAUAGAAGAUCAGAUUGCUUUUUCAUGAGGUCCUUUUGUUACAUUCCAACAUACAAGACAUAUAUGACAACAUGGUGUUCAAGGACAUGCGGAUUUUGUGGAGGUCCAGCGACGCAUUUUCCACCACCAACGCAAUUUCCACCGCCAAACACUAAUCAGCCACCAUCUGGAUCAUGCGGCAAACCUCAAAUUGCCCAUUCGCGAGUUAUUGCUGGAACAACUGCAACACGUGGAUCAUGGCCAUGGCAAAUUUUAAUGCUUUAUAAUGGUAAAGCAGGCUGCGGAGGGACCAUUAUUAGCCCUACCUGGGUUAUUACUGCCGCACAUUGUGUCGAUGGAAAAGAACACUAUGCAUCAUCAUUCACAGUUCGAGUUGGUGAGCAUAACAGAAAUUCACGAGAAGGUACUGAAUCUGACAUCAGAGUUGCAAGAGUUAUUAAACAUCCAUCCUAUGCCCGAAGAACGUUAAACAAUGAUAUUGCUCUUUUCAAACUGUCGAAACCAAUCGCGUUCACAAAAUACGUCCAGCCGGCUUGUUUACCAUCUGGAGACGCUCCAGUUGGUACUAGCUGCUAUAUCACAGGUUGGGGAAAGACUCGACAUCCAGGAUCGAUGACGUCAGUUCUUCAACAAGCACAACUUUCAGUUGUAUCUAACAGCGUAUGUGAAAGGUACAACAAAAAAGAAAUUCCUAUUCCAAUUACAUCUGCGAUGGUGUGCGCUGGCGACGCAGGACGUACCCGAAAAUCUGGUUGCCAUGGUGACAGCGGUGGCCCAUUUGUUUGCAACAUCGGUGGCCGUUGGGAAAUUCACGGAGCCGUAAGCCAUGGUUCAAGAGAAUGCAAAUCGACCUCGACAUAUACUGUGUUUGCCCGAGUCAACUAUUUCAAGUCAUGGAUAAACAGCAAUAUGGCACGUUAUGGAGCGUGAAAUAAUAAUGAAAUAAAUCAACCAUGAAAAA